CAAAAAUAAAAAAAUGUUAAAAUAUUUAUCGAUGUUAAUCAUGAGUUUAGGCUCCUUCGUAAAGUACAAUAUAAAUUGGUAUCAACUUGCAAUAGUUAAAGAGUUUAUGGAUAAAAUAAAAUACGAUUGGGAAAUAAUCGAAAUGAAUAAUGAAACACUUGAAAUUAUGAAAAGACGUACUUGUUUAGGAAAACGUUAUGUAUUACGAUUUGCAUGUAAGAAAUAUAUUUCGAGAUAUAAAAUAAAUUUACAUUCUAAGUUGCAUAUAUUCUAAAAUAAUUAUAUUACAUAAUUAUAUAUGCACAUUACAGCAAUUUUGUAUUCAUCAUUAGCUAUCAUACUAUUCUGUCAUAUGUCAACCUGUCUUCUAGAUAAAAUUCAGCCAUUAAAUGAAACACGUUUGAAAAAAUUUCCCAUACUGACGGAAUAUUCAAUUCUUGAUGAAAAAUAUUUUUUAUUUACAACUAUAUAUUUAUAUAUAUCAUUGCUAUUAUUAAUAACUAUAUUUGUAGCAACGGAAUCAUUAAUGAUUUUAUGGCUACAACAUGCUGCCAGCUUAUGUGAGAUUACAAGUUUCUUUGUUCAAAAUGCUACUUUAAAGAGUUCUAAAGAUCAUUUUGAUAAUAAUAUAAAAAAGUAUAUAAUAAAAGCUGUAAUUACACAUAGAAGAGUAAUACAAUUUUUACAAGAUGCUCGUGAUUAUAAUGUAAUAACAUACUGUAUUCUCCUUAUAUUCGCUAUCACAUCCUUGGGCAUUAAUUUGUUUUGUUUAUCACAAUCGAUCCUUGUGUUAACUAAAAUCGAAGAAACAAUUAUCAAUUUUUUGUGUAUUAUUUGUGAAUUGUCAUAUAUGUUCUACAUGAAUUAUAUGUGUCAGCAAGUAUUGGAUUGUUCUAAUAAUCUUAUCAUAACUAUAUUUCACACGAAUUGGUAUAAAAUGCCUGUUUCCAUCCAAAAAUUAAUUUUAAACAUUAUGUUAAAUUGCAACAAACCAUACUUAUUUACUUUCUUCAGUGUUUACUAUCCAACAAUAGAAGGUUUUGCAUCGUUAUUAAAAAUGUCAUUAUCUUAUUUUAUGAUGAUAUUAUCUAUGCAGUAAGGAUUUUUUAAAUAAUGAAAACACGAAGAAUAAUAUUUGUAUUAGUAUAAUAAUAAUAAAUUAAAUAAAAUAAUUAAUUUCUCAAUUUA